AUGCCAGAAAAAAUUUUGGGAUUCACAAAUAAAGACAAGAGCUCAGGACCCACAAAUCCAAAAAUUCAAACGGAAACAAAAGAGAAACCGUCUAAAAAAGAUAUUGGUAAGGAAAUUCCUGAGAAUCCCAAUAAAGUUUCUAAUGACAGUAAAAAUGAAACGCCAAAAGGCCCGAAAGAACCCAUUCCUGCUGAAUAUCAAAAAAACCUCGUUAACAAAGAAAUGCAGUCGGCGCCCAUAAAUCCAACAAUUAAAUCUGAUAUAAUAGAGAGAUCAUCUACAAAGGACAUUGAUUUCAAAAUUCCUGAUAUUGUCAAAAAAGUUCCCAUAACUACUGAAAAUCAUAAAAAGAUCAAUUCAAAACAAACAACGAGGCUGAAUAAUAUAAAAUUAUCUCCCGAUGUAUCGUCGAAUGAUAUUUCGGAAGAUAGUGAAACAAGCACUCCUGAAGACACGUUCGACCAUAAUGUAAGACAUAAAAAAGACAAAAGUAAUCUCGAUAUUAAGGACGAACCAAUUACUGACAAAAACGCUAAUAAAAAAUCUGAAACUCCAAUGAAAAAUGCUGGAAUUUUGAGUAUAAAUAUGCUGUCGGAACCCUUUAUUCCUACUGUUAAAUCUGAAAUAAAAGAAAAACCAUCUAAAACAGAUAUUGUUAAGGAAAUUCCUGAGAAUCCCAAUAAAGUUUCUAAUGACAGUAAAAAUGAAACGCCAAAAAUCCCGAAAAAACCCAUUGCUGCUAAUUAUCAAAAAAACAUCGUAAACAAAGAAAUACAGUCGGCGCCCAUAAAUCCAACAAAUAAAUCUGAAACAAAAGAGAAUCCAUCUAGAAAGGAUCAGGGUAUUGAAAUUCCUGAAAUGGCCAAAAUAAGUUCUAUUGAUGGAAAAAAAGAAUCGCCAAACAUCCCGAAAGAACAUAUAGCCGCUGAUUAUCAAAAAAACAUCGUAAACAAAUUAAUGCAGUCGGCGCCCAUAAAUCCAACAAAUAAAUCUAAAACAAAAGAAAAGCCAUCUACAAAGGGUAAGGGUAUUGAAAUUCCUGAAAUGGCCAAAAUAAGUUCUAUUGAUAGUAAAAAAGAAUCGCCAAAAGGCCCGAAAGAACCCAAUGCUGCUGAAAAUCAGAAAUUGGUUGUUUCGAAACAAACAACGAAGCCGAAUAAACAUAAAUUGUCUCCCAAAUAUGUUGCUAAUCCAGAUGAAAUAAAUGAAAUAGAAAUAUUCCCUUCCGAUUGUUUACCAGAGAAUAAUGAAGUUAUCCAAAAGACAAAGCCUGUGACUACAGUCAACCAAAAAAUGAAUCAAGAUAAAUCUUCGUUGUCUAUCUGUAAUAUUCCAAAACAUUUAGUGUCCGGCGUUGGGAAAAGUAGUAUUGUUGAUUAUUUACAUUAUCCAUCAACUUUAAAUAGUGGCAUUUUUCCGGAUGAGAAUUUUCCUAAUAACAAUUUGUCUAAAUUUCAUUAUGACACAUGUGAUAAAAUUAAAACUGCACCUAUUAUAGAACCUAGUUUAUUCUCUAGUAAUUCUGAAAACCCUAAUGACAAUGCGAAAUCAAAUAAAAUUAACAAAUCCGAUGACAAUAAAACGAGUUCUAAUUUGUAUACAUCCUAUGAUGUUGCUUCCAAAGAUAUGAUACCUGUGUUAUCAGAAUGUAUCACAACAAAUGAUAAAAAAUCCUAUGGUCAUUUACAUCCUAAAUUUAAAACCAAAAAUGAAGACAAUUUAAUCAAUAAUCUAUGGGACCCAACGACUUCCUCAACUAAUGACAAUACUGUUAAAGAAGAAAAGUUUAAUAAUAGUAAUAUUAUAUUAAGAAGAAAUACGCGUACUACUAACAAUUUAAAUAGUACGAUUCUUAGUAAUAACGAAAAUGAUAAUAAUAAUGAUAUAAUUACAAAAAAUCAAAAUGAAAAUAUAAAGGAAAGUCAACUAAACACUAAUAUUAAGAGUGGACUGACACAUGAUUAUAUUGAAAAAAUAGCAAAUCAGCUAUUAGACAAAGUUGAUGAUAUUGACAAAAAAAUUUCUAAAUUAGAUAAUAAAAAAAUAUUCGGAAACGAAUUGAAUAAUAAUAUAAUUGAGAGUAAAAAAUCCGAUGAUCUGAACGAUGUUGAAGAGUUAUUGGCUCCUGGAAAUUCAAUAAAACACAAUAAUUUACAGCCUUAUAUGAAAUUAAAUAAACCAUUAGAGAAGAUUAGAAAUCGUAGCGAUGAUAAUAGAACUCAUAAAAAUGAAAUUAACAAACUUCCAAAAGCAGUUAAAUCAAAACAAAACAAAUGUAGAACAAUGAAGACAACCAGAAAUAUAAACAAAGGAAAACAUAAUAAAGCAAUUUUAAAUAAUCAUAAUAAAAAAACUAAAAAAAAAAGUUACAAUGAAAAGGAAUCCUUUCGUAGCACCAAAAAUGAAGAUUAUAGUACCUCGAGUAAUGAACACACUAAUGAAAAUAAAAAUACAAAUUAUGAAAUGCAUAGUGACACUGUAUAUAAAAACCACAAUCUAGUCAAAAAUUAUAAUUCUGACUCUAAUAAGGUAAGAUUAUUUUUUUUUAAUGUUCUUCUUUAUAUACUGUGUACCUAACUACUAUACCCAUUUUUACGAUUAUCCAAAUGGAAUUUUAAUAAUGGUAUGUAUGUGUAUUUUAGAGCGAUGUAUAUGAAUAUGUUACUUUAUAUCCUGAAUAUACAUAUGCAAAGCCUUUAUCAGGAUUUCUAUGA